AUGAUGUAUAGCCUCUAUAUUUCAGGAGGAAUGUGCGUAUACGCAGGCAUCUCGAUUUUAGAAUCGAAAUGUGACGUCAACGACGACAAUAACAACUUCUGCGGCACCCUAACCCAAAUUACACUUCCGAUAGAUGGCGACAUACCAUCGAUUACCAUCAAACUAAUUUUUCUGUUUCAACUCGCGGUAUGUAUAUGGGCAUGCGUGGGAGCUGGUAAUUUAUUUUUCGUAUCAUUCGAGUCGGCGGAAUUUUUGAUUUGUCACAUGAAUCGAUUGAAGAAGAAGGUAAUUGAUAUUUUCAAACACGAAGAUGAGAAUACCAGGAAGCAGAUGCUAGGGUUUUGUGUUAGAUAUCACAAUUCAAUUAUUGAGUAA